CAGUAGCCCUUGCUCUCCUCCACCCCCUUGGAAACCCCCAGCCCUGCGGAGCAGCCUCCUUCACGGCUGGACCUCAUCUGUACAUUUAGAAAAUCCUGAUUUUGAACCUGGCAGGAGGAAAGUAUUGACAGUUCAAAGAUCACCGGGGUGGGGUGUCCGGUGGGAGUGGCAACAGGAGAGGCCGUUGACCAACAGCUCCAGCUCUGGAAACACUGAAGGAGAAGCCAUGGCGGGGUUUGCCCCCCAGAACUCCUGGCAACAGCGCAUUUGCCCUGGCCGGAGGGUGAUUCUCAUCCUGCUGGGACUUCUUGUGGUUGUUACCCUGUCCAUCAUCACUUUUGGCUUUUUUGGGCGCAAAUACGGCGCAGCCUUGGAGUGGAUGGAGGAAGACGUGAAGAGCAUCAAUCGCACGAUCGUGGCGGAAUUAGCUGCUCUGAAGCAAAAGGAGGCCAACAAUUUGAAAAUUCUCCUAAAGGUUGACCAGAUGGUGAAGAACCUGAGUGAAGAAGCCAAGGAAGUGAAGUCCCAGUUCCAGGAUCAGGUCACCAAACUACAGGGCACCCUGCAGAAGCUGAAUUGCGACCUGGAUGACACAAAACACAACCGGACAGGGCCAAGAGCCUGCUGCCCCAAGGGGUGGCGUCUGCUUGGCCACAGCUGCUACUGGGUCUCCGCUGCCCAGAAGACCUGGAACGAAGCCAGAGAGGACUGCGAAGGGAAAAACGCCCACCUGGUGAUCCUCGCCAGCUACGUGGAAGUGCAAUUUGUGUUCCAACUCACCAAGCCGCGCACUGCUUGGAUCGGUCUGAAGUACAUUGGUGACGCAUGGAAGUGGGUGGACGGGACCACCUACACUGUGCGCAGAAUUGACUGGAGGCCCGGGAAACCGAACAGAUUCGCCAGAUUCCUGGACACAGCAUUUUGCGUGACGCUGUACCGAGACGGCCUGUGGAGUGACGAUCACUGCGAGCUCCGAUUAAACUGGGUGUGCGAAGUGCAGGCGAAGCAGUAAGCGAGGAGGAGCGGCUGUGACCGUGGAGCACCUGCUAAACCCUUUGAGCAAAUAAAACUAAGGAUGGUGCAAAA